GCCAACACGAGGUUGCAACGAGCUGGGAAUCGAGUCUGCAAAGAAUCUGCAACGUACGACAAUCACUUUUUCUAUACUCACCUCCAAAUUCCUGCGUAACCACAAAUCCCGGAUAACCACCUCGAACCGAACCGACGGCAAUGCAUUCCUAACCCACCACAUCCCAUCCGCAAAACACAUCCCACAUUCCAUCACAACCCGCCCAGCGCAGAUCACACCCAAUCCCUCCAACCAAACCGAAACCGAGAAAAAAACCAAAACCAAAAAGAAAUGCCCCGCGACCCCUCCGCAACGCGGCACCCCGACCGCGACCGCGGCGAGCGCGGGGAGCGCCGCGAGCGCCGCCACCGCCGCAACUCGUCCGCCGCGCCCGACGACGAUGCCGCCCACCAACGACGGCGGAGACGGCAUCCCAGCACAGCCAGAGGCGACCAGACUUCAGAGGAAGGGGCCGGCGGCGGGGUGCUGUCGGCGGCUGCGCUGGCGCGGCUGAAUCGCGCGAACAAUGCGGUACCACCUACUGCUGCCGCUCCUGGUGGGGGUGGUGGUGGAGCCAGGGGGGGCAGGGAUCGGACGAGGGAGCGGACGAGGGAACAAGAGCGGGAGAGGGAGCUGGAGAGGGAGGCGGAGAGGGUGAGAGAGGCGAGGAGGGAAAGGGGGAGGGAGGCGGAGAGGGAGAGGGAGAGGCAGGCGGAGAGGGAUAGGGAGUUGAGGAGGGAGCGGCGGAGGGAGCAAGAGAGGGAGAGGGAACGGGAGCGGAAUCGCCAGAGGGGGUAUGAGGUUGUGGAUGUCUCGCCGCCGAGGGAGGAUCAGAGGUAUGAUGUUGUGGAUGUUUCGCCGCCGAGGGAGGGGAGGGCGCAGAGGGGGCGGGAUAACAAGAGGAGGAGUGCGAGGGUGGUGAGCGGGCCGGUAUUAGAGGAGGGGAGGGGGGGAGGUGGUGGUGGUGGGAGGGGGUGGACGGGGUUGAGGGGCGGUGCGCAAGGGAGUGAUGGUAGUGUGACGACCACCGAAAAGGAGCUGUUAUGGAACGGGAAACCGGCGCCGUGGUACAAGCAGAAGAAAAAGCUAUGGAUCCUCAUCGGUGUCUGUACCGUGCUGCUUAUUAUCAUCAUCAUCGUGGCAGCUGUGGUGGUCCCCAAUUCUGGCGGGGGUGGGGAAAAGCGCGAUGAAGGUGGCAGCGAUAGCGAGAGCGGCCUGGGAGGGGUAUCGCCCGACAGCAUACCGAAAGGGGCCCCGUCCUGGCUGAACCCCUUUGUGUGGGAGGAUACGAACGAUUUCAACCUCACCUACACCGAUGAGACGGUCGGUGGCUUGCCCAUCAUGGGCCUCGACACGGAAUGGGAUGAUUCUGCGAAGGCCAACGACCACGUACCGGCGCUAGACAAGCCAUGGGGCGACUACGCUAAGCUGCCAGCACGAGGCGUCAAUGUGGGCGGCUGGCUCUCGCUCGAGCCCUUCAUCACGCCCUCCCUCUUCAACUACGAUCUCCGCAUGGGCAUCGUCGACGAAUACCACCUCUGCAAGUACCUCGCCAAGCGGUGCGAGAGCGUCCUCGAGAAGCACUACGCCACAUUUGUGACAGAGGAGACCUUCAAGGAGAUCCGAGAUGCCGGGCUCGACCACGUCCGCAUCCCCUUCUCCUACUGGGCCGUAGAGGUCUACGACGGCGAUCCCUACCUCUUCCGCACCUCAUGGCGCUACCUUCUCCGAGCAAUCGAGUGGUGCCGCCGCUACGGCCUGCGCGUCAACCUCGACGUACACGGCCUCCCCGGCAGCCAGAAUGGUUGGAACCACAGCGGCCGGCUCGGCCCCAUCAACUGGCUAAACGGCACCGACGGCGCCCUUUGGGGGAAACGCUCCCUCGAGCUCCACGACAGCCUCUCCAAAUUCUUCGCCCAGCCGCGCUACAAGAACAUCAUCAGCCACUACGGCCUCGCCAACGAACCCAAGAUGACCUUCCUCGACUCGCAGGAGGUCCUACAGUGGACGACGGAGGCGCACGAGCUCGUGCGCAAGAACGGCGUGUCGGACGCCAUCGUGGUCUUCGGCGACGGCUUCCGCGGCCUGCACAACUGGCAGGGCGAGCUGCAGGGGCUGGACAACGCGGCGCUGGACGUGCACCAGUACGUCAUCUUCAACACGGGCCAGAUCGUCUACAACCACACAACCAAGGUACGCUACGCGUGCGAGGGCUGGACCGAGCAGACCCGCCAGAGCAUGGACCGCGACACCGGGUUCGGCCCCACCCUCGUCGCCGAGUGGUCCCAGGCCGACACCGACUGCGCCCGCCACCUGACCAACGUCGGCUGGGGGAACCGCUGGACCGGCUCGCUCAUAACCCCCGACGGCACCGGCGACGUCACCACGCCGCGCUGCCCGGCACAGGAUACCUCGUGCAGCUGUGAGGAGGCCAACGCGCCGUCCAGCGAGUGGAGUGACUCGUACAAGCAGUUCUUGAAGAUGUUUGCCGAGGCGCAGAUGUCGAGUUUCGAGAAGGGCUGGGGGUGGUUUUACUGGGUUUGGGAUACUGAGGAUGCACCACAGUGGAGCUACAAAAAGGGGCUUGAGGCUGGUGUCCUGCCGGCCAAGGCCUACGAGAGGAGCUUUGACUGCGAUUUGUCAGACAUCCCCAGCUUCUCGGAUCUACCCGAGACCUACUAGUACAUACGCAGUAUAGAGAGGAUGGGGGGGGUAUUUUUGGAUUUGCUCGGCGUUUCGGAGUUGAAGCAUGUUUGGUUGUUUGAAGUUGGAUAGCAUCGUUGGUGAUCGCAUCCAAACUGGGCAUGUUCAUGAGUGGCUGAUACCGGGGGUGGAUGGUUGAUUUACUAUGUAGUUAGAACACGAGGGAGCACAUCAAAUCAGUAUUUUGGAUAUAUAGUUGGGGGUCAAGCACAAGUAGAGUGUACAUAUGCACAAA